AUGGCAGCAUACGGCACGGCUGCUGCGCCGCUUGUGAUGGUGGGAGGCUAUGUCGCCCCACCGAGGAUGGAUGGUCCGAAGCAUGCGGAAGAUCCGCAGCCUGCGCACAUGUCGACCCAUAUGGCGGCGGCUCUUGCGUAUCAGGCCAUGGGCCUCGGUACGCAGCCCCACUCCGAAGGCGUCAAGCGCGCGCCAUCCCCGGCACGGCUCCUUAGCUGGACUGCACCGCCUUUGUCGCCCCGGCCGGGUCAGCGGCGGGUCGCCGAUGAGGAGCUCCCUCCGGUCGCACCUGCGGAGGAGCAUGGCGAGCAGCCCGAGCCUCCCAUCACCUCCUGGACGAGCCCGGAUUUCGAGGGCGUCGGGGAGGUGACGCAUGCAAAUGUCUCCGAGGAUGCAGGUGCCGGCAAUGAGAUGCGACGAUUCCUGCAAGAGAAAGGCAGAGACUAUCCGGCCAAAAGCGCCCAAUGCAAUAGCGGUUACUCGCAUACGCCGGGUACCCCCAAUUCGGCUCGACGCCCCCAACCGGUUUCAGACGCCGCUCGCGCGUUGCGCUCCGCAACCAUGGAGCGGACUGCACGGCCGUGGCUCUUGCAGAGCCGGAGACCGCAGCCGGGAAUCCACGGCGCUGAAAAGCCCGGAAUCCAGAGCCCUGAAAAGCCCGAUUCCGCCAAGCGCCGAGUCUCACCGGCACCAAGCUCGGCGUCCCUAGCGCCGAGCACGGCGCGGACCCGCGCCGGGAGUCCGGCUCCUCGGCCAGUCAACCGACGAUACAGGAUGUCGGACCUGCUGUACAGCCAGUUCUCUCCGACGAGGUAUCCCGAAACAGCAGUUGCAGCUCAGCGGUCUCCAAUGAGGAGUGCUGUCGCUUCACAGGGCCUCCCUGAGGGCUUGAUCCCCAAGUGGAACAGCUCACCGCUGGAGUCGCUCCAAGGCUCGCGGCGCAGCGCUAGCCCGCCAGGUAGCCGCUUACCUGGAUGGACAAGAGGUACCUGCCGAAGUGCAAGCCCGCCGGGUAGUCCUACGGCCAGUUCGAGACGGGGUCUCCUAGCUUCGAACAACUGCCUCCACCAGCUGAAAAUGCGCCAGUCGGAUGAGCACGCAGAGGAGCAGAUCAGCAAGGUCAUGGCACAAGAGCAGAGACUCCACCGGCAGUGGACUUCCUCGGAGCUGCGCUUCGUUCGCGAGGAGUUGCGGAGUCCUACCUACCGCGAUGCCGCGAAGUCGCCAUCAGCAUUGGCUCGACGAGUGAAAUCCCCGCCGAGGCAAAUCAGGUUCUGCUAG